AAAUGAAGAAGACUCCUUAAUUUGACGUGUUUCUUUUAAAUGCGGUCUCAUUUCUUUUUCAAAUUUCUUGCAUAUACCUUUCCUUUUCAAAGCACCCCAAAAGCAAAGCAAAACAAAGCUAAGAAGCCAUCCAUCCAACCAGGCACUGAAAACCAAAGCAUCUCCCUCUUCGCUAAGCAAACAAUUUCCGUUAACCCUAAAACCCAAGCCACCUCUUUCUCCACCGGCAUUGAUUCCCAAUGGACGAAUCAGAGCAGUACCCAAAGGAGUUUUACCCGAAUGAUGGAAUGACCAGAAGGGUGUCUUCUUCUUCCUCCUCCUCCACCACGAGCGUCCAUGUCACCGCCUUGGACGGCUUGGUCAACGUGAACUCCCUCUUCACGAUCGCCGUGUUUGUGGGGCUCUCCCUCACCACGCCGGGGCAGCGCAGCCUGGAGAGCCGUUCGGCGUGCGACGCCGGCACCGACAUGGCCAAGAAGCUCCUCGUCUUCGAAGUGGUGUCGUUUAGCUUCUUCCUUUGGUCCUCGCUGGUGGCGCAGGGGCUCAAGCUGGCGCUCAACUUGCUCAACAGCAAGGACACAGACGAGGCCUUCCGGGCCCACAUCAACCUGAAGGCCCUGAGGCUGGGCAUGCUGGGCUCCGCCAUUGGGUCCGUCAUGGGCUGCCUCUUCCUGGUGUUGUCAAUGGUCAACGUCAUCCAGAUCCGCCUCGGUGUGCUCUCCUGCGGUAGCAAAGCCGCCGUGCACGCCGUCACCGCCAUGGUCGUCUUGGUCUCUUCAGCUCUCGUGCUUUAUAUCUCCACUGCUAUCUAUGCCUUCACUCACUGAAACCAUAAAAAUUUGUCAUUUGUGUUUUAUAUGAAAUGGUUCCUUUUUAAUGUGUUCGCUUGAAUCGGUGAUGGGGUGAGCAAGUAGGGACUGGGGAGAAAUAUUUUAUUGUGUUUUCUCUCUUUACAUGUUUUCAAAACAAAAGAAAGAAAGAAAUAUUUACUGACAGUUUAUUUUGUCUGCCUUGUGUUUGAUUAUUAGUGUUGUGAGGAAUUUAUUUCAAUGGGACCCAAAUGAGAAGUGUUUGGGUUAUAGUUUACUUGGAUGAUGUACGAUCUGGUUAGGCUGCAUUUUAUAGGUUUGGGAUAAAGUUGGCAAACUUAAUUUUGGAAUUGUUUUCAUUUUGCAAACUGAGGAUGUAGUAGGAACUUGGUUUUGCAUUAAAGGGAACUUGGUGUAAUGUAAAAUAUAAGUGUGUGUAUAUGUAGUUUUGAAAAUAGCUAAAUAGGUUAUGAAACUUAGGUUACUUUUCAAACUGAGUUUGGAGCAUUUUGAAUAAAACAUGUUUGAAAUCUAUUCUAACGUGGUGUGGUUUGGUUUAGAUCAUGGGUUUGUUCAAAUUGAUGAAGGUUGCAAGAAAUUUUCUUAAGUCAAUGGUGUAUUUGGUGGGGUCUGAUUCUCUUGUGGAAGAAGAUUCGAGAGCAAAAUUUGGUGGUCAUGUUUACCGAUGGAAUUUAUUUUCACUGAAUUGAGCUUCCAGUGGACUCUGCGGUUGCAGGAUUUUGUAGAAGUUUUGCACUGGUUAGAAGAUUGUUUUGGUUGGUUAAGUUAGCAAUUGGCAGAUGUUUCUUUGUGUGAUUAGAUAUCUGGUUCUUGUUUUCUGUUAAUUAACAUGAUAAAUGGCUUAAUUAAGUUCUGGUUUUCUGAGUA